AUGGCUACUCCCCAGUCGACCACGUCCGACGCCGCGGCUCCCGACUCUAGUAACGAGCAAAUCAGUUUCCGCUUCUGCUCCGAGUGCUCCAAUAUGCUCUACCCCAAGGAGGACGAGCAAGAACACAAGCUUCAGUACACCUGCCGCACCUGCCAGUACACUGAGGACGCCCAGUCCACCUGCAUCUUCCGCAACGUCCUCAACACGUCUGCUGGCGAGACGGCCGGUGUGACCCAGGAUGUCGGAACUGACCCUACGCUCCCUCGCUCCAACAAGUCUUGCCCCUCGUGUCAACAUGAAGAGGCCGUCUUCUUCCAGUCGCAGCAGCGCAGUGCUGAGACGGGCAUGAAACUCUUCUACGUCUGUUGCGAAUGCGGUCACAUCUUUACUUGA